CUUUCGGUGCAGUGGUGUUAGAUGUGGGUAGUAAAUAUUUUAUUAAAAAUACGGAUAAGUCCUAUUUUAUAUAAUUUAGAACUCCAUUUACAAGAUCGAGAAUUCAGUUAGAUAUAUAAAUGUGACGGGAUAAUUUACGUUUUGAAAUAAAGAAGCAGUUGAUACUGCGCUACAAUAUAAAAAUGACCACAACAAAUGAGAAUACGGGUAUGGAGGCCGAAGAAUCGCUCUUAUAUUCAGCACGCCAUGGUGAGAUAUCUGUGGUCAAGGCCCUUUUAGAAGCGAAGAAAGAAGGAAAACUGACUCUAAACAUUAAUUGCAAAGGUAAAAGCAAGACCAACCUAGGAUGGACUCCGCUCCACUUGGCGACAUAUUUCGCGCACAAAGAAGUAGCGGAAGCCCUGCUAGCUGCAGGGGCUGAUGUGGACGAAGUUAACGAAAAUGGGGACACUGCACUGCACAAAGCAUCGUUUAUAGGGAAUGAAGACCUAGUAAUCCUUCUCCUGAACCACCAAGCUGACGUAAACAUAAUGAACGGGGAAGGCAAAACACCCGUGGACGUGUGCAAAACUCAAGAUGUGCAACGCUUGCUCGAAGCGGCGGAUCGCGCGAUGCGAUAUGAACGUGAGAGGAAAUUACUUAACGCUGCGAAGGAGGGGAGGGUCGAUGAGUUGCAGGAAUUGUUAAGCGGCUCCAAUCCCCCAAAUAUAAACUGCGUGGACGCACAAGGCAACUCCUGUCUACAUUGUGUUGCAUAUAGAGGCCAUGCGAGACUGGCUGUGCUUUUGUUGCAAAACGGAAUUGAUACUACAUUGAGGAAUAAUAGUGGUCGCCUAGCAAUAGAUUUAGCGAAAGAUAACGAAAUGCGUGAAGUACUGAGCGUCCGACCGGUGCAAAAGUUACAACGUACUGCCGCCCGCUUCGAAGGACCAUUGCUCAAACGGUCUAGGUUUCUGGGAUGGAGACCCGUGUGGGCGGUAUUACAACGCGGUGUGCUCCUAUACUACGGAUCCCGCGCAGAAGCAGCACGCGAAGGUGGUCGGUGGCGGGACCGCAAGUAUUUAGACGCUGCUAAGAUCACCGCGCCCGAUACCGAACCUGCGCUCAUUGUCGUGGCUUUUAGUGAUGGAGAGUCGCAUCGGCUAGCGGUUCAGCCGGGGGACAGUAUUAGUGCGUGUAGACAGUCAUGGAUAACAGCAUUCAAAGAGCAUAUAGCAUAUUCCGGUCACUACUUGUGGGCGGGAGUCACACCGGAUUCAGCCAAGGAAGCCACUGAGGAUCUGGAGGACGAAUGUAAACCACUGGGCUCAAUGCAAGACGCGUUAACAACAGCCACAAACAACUUGGCGCUCUUGGACACGCAGCUUCGAGAAUGUUCCGCCAUAUUGGCGGCUUUGGACAAAACGCCCCAAGGACAUUCGUUGCUACACUCGGCUUAUAUGCGGUUCCAGCACGCAUGCGGUACGGGACAGACAGCUCUGGGCGCGUUACGUCACUGCGCCGCGCUGGUCGCGCAGGCGCGGGACAGAGACGCCGCUGCGCUCGCUAGAGAGGUAGAACGUAACAGAGUGCUAGAGGAAGCAUUAGCGGCGCUGGCUCGAACGCAUCACGCUUUAGAGAUGUCGGUAGCUGAAGAAUUGACUAAAAGCAAAAGAAAGAAAAAGACGCCUCGUUCGCACAACGAGUCAAAGGAAAACUUCUUCGACGUGUAUGACGAAUCUUCAGAAGAAGACGAUACAUUAGUGACAGCCGGUCUUUCGAGUCCUUUGGGUGCGUUAAGUCCAUGGGGGAGCAGUCCGGAUCUAACACGACGUACUCCGAUUGGUAGUGAUAAUGGUGACAUAACACCAACAAACGAGCCAGCCGACUACGACCACCGUCUCUCCGGGUCCUUCACAUCGGGGUCUCCACAAUCACUGCACACUGCGAUAAGCCCAGCGAGCUCAAGGGGCACUUUGGUAUCGCAAGGUGGACAUGUUUAUAGGAACGCAAGGUCGCAUAGGAAGAAUACUACUCCGAGGACAUCUCUUCCUGUGGCCCAAUUCAGCCGCGGUGACUUCUCCCUGUGGUCAGUUUUGAAGAACUGCGUCGGCAAGGAACUGUCAAAGAUCACGAUGCCGGUGGUUUUCAAUGAGCCGCUGUCGUUUCUGCAGCGAAUGCUGGAGUAUCUGGAGUACGCUCAUCUGUUGAGGAUGGCGUCAGAACAAUCGGACCCGGUGGCCAGGAUGGAAUAUAUUGCUGCGUUCGCAGUAAGUGCGUUAGCGUCGAACUGGGAGCGUUUGGGGAAGCCGUUCAACCCCCUCCUGGGGGAGACGUACGAACUGGAGCGGCCUGAGUUCAGAGCCGUGUGUGAACAGGUAUCACACCACCCACCAGUCUCCGCGUUCCACGCAGACAGUCCCCACUUCGUGUUCCACGGUUCCGUACACCCAAAACUAAAGUUCUGCGGCAAGAGUGUCGAGAUACAGCCUAAAGGACACGUCACGGUUGAACUGCCCAGGUGGGGAGAAGCCUACACAUGGAGCAACGUGAACUGCUGCGUCCACAACGUGAUCGUCGGCAAGCUAUGGAUCGAGCAGUAUGGCGCUAUGGAGGUCACCUGCCACGGUGGCGCGGGACUUAAAGCGAACCUCUGCUUCAAACCCGCUGGUUUCAAUAAUAGGGAUCUGCAUCGGGUUGACGGGUUCAUUACGGAUCCGAGCAAAAAGCGCCUCCGUUUCCUGUACGGCAAAUGGACGCAAUACAUAAAAUGCUGCACGGCCUCCGCAUACGAACAGUGGGCGAAGGAGCGUGGAGACGAGGCGACGGGGCAGACGCCGCCGGCGCACACGCCCAAGAAGGUGCUGGCUAAGUUGAACAGCUUUAAGGUGGGCGCGCUACGGUCUAUGUCGAUACAGGAUGCUGAAGAAGCAGAAACAUCUGACGAGGUACCCAAACCAGAUGAUUCCUUCAACAUUGACAUACCCGGCUCCGUGACACUCUGGGAAGCUCGUCCAAGACCCAGCACAAGCGCACAGUACUACCAAUUCACGGAAUUCGCGAUGUCCCUCAACGAGCUAGAACGCGACAUGAAGGGCCAGCUCUGUCCCACGGACAGCCGGCUGCGGCCCGACAUCCGCCUGCUCGAGCAGGGAGAUAUAGAUGCAGCGGCCGUAGAGAAGACACGGCUAGAGGAGAAGCAGCGAGCGGCUAGGAAGAUGCUUAAGAAGUCGCCAGAUGGAUGGCAACCGAGGUGGUUCAGUCAAGGCACAAAUCCGUACACGAAGCAGGAAGACUGGCUCUACAAUGGCGGUUAUUGGGACAGAAACUAUGAGCAUUUGAAGGAUAUCGAUAUAUUUUAAUUGAUUUCUGGCAAUAGCUUAAAAUAUGUGAAUUAUUUCCAGGAGAAAAUACAGCUUAUUCUAAAAAGCUGUUUGGAGCUAAUCAAAAUUAAAAUUAAUUAAGGAUUAAUUUAUUGAUUAA